GUUAUCAAAUGUUGUGCCAUUUUGUCCUUGCGGAUCAGUCCAUAUUGUUGACGUACAGACAACUUCACACAGAUGAUAUCCAUGUUAUCUUUCUUGUUCUAAAACAACCUAUGGCAAAAAUGAUGGAUGGAUGGAGACCUUCUCAGAAUUGUGUAUUUUUUUUUUUAUAGCCAUUCAUUUAAUUGUUUAAUUUAUUUAAAAAAACAACAACAAGACAUAAAGUAUACAAAACUGUCUGGCUAAAAGAAACUCUAAAAUAAAUGGAGAAAUUAAGUUGUGGUAGUCAAUAGGUUUCAUUUUUAGAUCAAGCAGAGUAAACACAAAUAUGUAAUCACCCUGAAAAUGUCCAUUUCCAAAGUUAACACCUUGUAAUUGUUCAUUAGUCUGCAGUUUAAAAAACAAAAAAAUGUGCUGACACCUUGGAGAGCUGUUGCACCAUAUGUAUUGACAUGAAUCAUUGCUCCAAAACACAAGUUAAAUGAAACAAACUCCUUCAAAAUGGUAAAUCAUCCUGCAAUGUUGCAAAAGAUGUUGAUAGUCAGCUGUGUGUAAAAUGUGCACCAGGUACAAACAUGGGAAGCUUGUAGAAGGUAAGCAUACUGGUCGUCCAAGGAAAACAUCAAUGCAUAAAGACAGAAACCUUCAAGCAAUAGGUCUCGGAAACUGAAAUUGCACAGCAAAAAAAAGAAAUGAAGAACAAAUGUGAAGAAACAGGAGGCAGCGUCUGUUACCGAACAGUAAGAUAGCCCCUGUUGGAAAUUUACGUAGAGAAAAGCUCAACCAAAGCUGUUAUUUAUGUCUAAACAAUAAAAACAAGGUCAAAAUGGGCUAAGACAGGGGUAGGGAACCUAUGGCUCUCGAGCCAGAUGUGGCUCUUUUGAUGACUGCAUCUGGCUCUCAGAUAAAUUUUAGCUGACAUUGCUUAACACAAUAAGUAAUGAAUAAUUCUACUGGUAAUCACAGUGUUAAAAAUAAUUUUCCAAAUAUUAAUUAUUCUCAUGCAUUUUAAUCCACAUCAAUCUGUUUUCUACCGCACCUGUUCAAGAAGUCACAUCAAUGGUAAGAAGUAUUUGAUUUAUUAUUGGUUAGCUUCAGAAUAACAUUGUUAUUAAAAAGAAUGAGACUUAUUAUACUCUAAAAAUUUUGGUAUUACUUAAAAAUGCACACAUUUAGUUCUAUUCAGUGUUAAAAAAUAUUAUAUGGCUCCCACGGAAAUACAUUUUAAAAUAUUUGGUUUCAUGGCUCUCUCAGCCAAAAAGGUUCCCGACCCCUGGGCUAAGGUAAAGCAAUGGUGGGCUAUGGAUGACCGGAUGAAAGUCAAAUUCAGUGAUGGAUCAAGAAUCCGCAUCGGGGAAGGUGGUACCUUUUUGUCGUCCCAAUGAGAUUUGUGAAGAUUACCGAAUGAUUUCAUUCUGAAGCUGUCUGAAUUAAAGGAGGUGGUUAGAAUUGAAGACUAUCAAUUUAUUCUCCAAAGAUGAGAAAAUACAAACAGUAAGCUGUCUGAGGUCCAAAGCCUUCUCUGAAAAUGGUCGUUUCGUUUCGGCCGCACCGAGAUAUAAGCCGCAGAUGUAUACCGGCACAAAAGAUAAACGAGGCCUGUCACACGGCAGUAAAACGGAUGAUCAAACAAAACGGAAGCCAUCGUCAUUGACUCACUACCUGUGUGAGCUAGCUCUCCAACAGCUAAACAGCCUCAAUAACGCCACGGUGACGUUUUGGUGAUUUUACUGAGGAAUUUGUGAAACUGAAACAAUACAAAAGAAUGCCAUUGUAAGUUAAUAAUACUACAGACAUUUGUAAACGUGUUAGCUUAUUCACUAAUACUAAAAAUGCUAGCUUGAUUACAUUAUGAUACCACGUGCAAAUAUGCAUAAGAACACUCCUACAGACAUAGUUUUUGUUAGUUGAAUAGUUUUUGUUCUAUUGUAAAACUUACAAACGUUGCUUGGAGGGAAAUAUUAAGAAUCAUUUCGGGCAGAAACGCUUUGUACAGUUUUAUUUCCGGUUUAAGGCAUUAAAUACAAAAAUUACAUAUUUAACCCGUAACACCUGCAGUGAGCAAAGCCAUCCAAAAAGAUGGCGCCAUAGCACAAACAAUAACACACAUUUUCAGUGUCAAACUAUUUAUAAAAAAAAAAAAAACCUUAUGGCCGUUAGUAAAGAAAAAUAAAUAGCCACACUGUUUUAUCGGGCUGGGCCGAUAACACGAUAUCAAUAAAUAUUGCAAUAGACACAUCAUUGAUAACAAUAAAAAUGCGUUUGAUCAAACAUUUGACGUAUAUUUAUUUAUUUUUUGGUCAGAAGAAAUUAUGAAGUUGCAUGAAGUCACUGGCGCUCUGGGAGCCCAGCUAAAGAGGAAACAGGAAGUGUAAUGCUAACAGCCAAUUAGGUAACCGUAUCACUUACCAAGUUCGGUUGUGUUGUUUUUCUGUCUCGCUGUGGAUUCUCUGCAUGGAGUGAGAAGAGAAAGUGUGAUAUUAAUAACUUGACUUUAACUUUGUUGGUUUUAAGGCAGGCAGUGCGGCAACAUCCUCAAAACGUACAAUGUGUAGGUUUAAUGAGUAGCUUCCUAAACUACUCUGUAGUGUUCAGUAGCCUAACGGCCAUCUAGUGUCUCGAAACUGCAACUACCGUCAGAUUUACUGCCAUUAUAUUAUCACCUGACUGACUACCGGUCACCUUUUCCACUGAUAAAUACCACCCUUCUUAAGUUUGAAAUUGUAUUACAGUAUUUAUUAUUAGGCUUAAAUAAAUCAAAUCAAAUCAACUUUAUUUAUAAUGCACAUAAAAAAUGUAUCACAGGGGUAGCCAAAGUGCUGUACAAUAGGCAGGUUAAAAGACAACACAAGAAAAACGAGCAAACAUAACACAACACAAAAAGAGCAAGAUUAAAAAAAAAAGUCAAAAUAUAAAUUAAUAUCAAUAUCAAUCAAUAUAAAAAAAAUUGUAUAUCGUGAUACAGUUUUCAGCCAUAUCGCCCAGCCUUACUGUUUUACUAAGCCGCAGGGUUCAAAGCGUAGGUAAGAAAAGUAGCGGCCUAUAGUCCAGAAAUUACGGUACAUAAGAUCAAACGUCAUGGCCUGCAAAUAGUGCGGUUCUCAAUCCAAUUGAAAAUGUGUGGUGGAAUUCGAAGAAAAUAGUUGAUGACAAGACUCCAAGCUGCAAAGCUGAUCCGACAACAGCGAUCAGAGAAAGACUGUCAGUCACUCGUUAAUAAGUACAUGCCUCUGAGACUGAACGCUGUUUAUAAAAGCCAAAGAAAGGGCAAAAAAGAUCUUGUGGUGUGUUGCAGUGUUUUGUUGUUUUUCAUGAUCCCAUGUUUUUUUUCCUCAGAAUUGAGUGAUAUUAUUUUGUUUUUAUUUUAGUUUUCAAGUCUAAUUGUCAUUUCAAAUCAGUUUGUGUUAUGUCUGUUCUCUGCUUUUUUUUCUUUUUUAACAACUGCAUGAACAUCCUCCAUGUGCCAAAGAUUUAUACCCAAGAUCUUUUGCUGCUUGCAUGUAAUUGGAGCACUAUGGGAGACAGCUUUUUUGUCUGUCACCACUUGGCGGCGCUCUAUGCAUACGGAUAUGUGCUGACACGUGGCGUGCUGCCCUACUUUGCCAAUUUUCGUCUCAUUUCAGAACUAUCUACGCCAUUUGUGAACCAAAGGUGGUUCUUCGAAACACUAAAGUACCCCCGCUCGCACGGGCUGGUAGUAAUAAACGGCGUGGCCAUGGCGGCGGUCUUCUUCCUGGUGCGCAUCGCCGUCAUGCCGUCCUACUGGCUCAGCGUGUUCGCCACGUUCGGCACGGCGGACUUCGAACGCCUCGGCUUUGGCGCCCAGGUGGCCUGGAUCAGCUCCUGCGUGGCGCUGGACAUCCUCAACACCAUCUGGAUGUACAAGAUCGCCCGCGGCUGCUACAAGGUGUUGACCGGCAGGAGGGCCCGCAAGGGCAAGGACGGCUCGGGGGCCCCCGGCUGCUCGGAAAAGCAAAAGCACGCCAACAACCACGCGGACUGAAGGGGGAACCGAGGAACACAUCUGGGAAUAUGGGAAAGCUCGGCCCUGCUCCCUGAAUUAGCCAGCGGAGCGGGCUGGGAGUCCUCAGGUUGGAACCCUGACACAGGUGGUCUGCCCUUUUUGACUCAAUCCAGCACCAGCCUUUGCAGCCUCAGUGGUUUAGCAUUCUGUUGCAGAACUCACAAAGACGGUUUUUUUUUUGGUUUUUUUAAACUCUUCCACUUCCCAUCACCGUCAUCCCCACCUUUCCCGCCUCCUCUCACAUCCACCCCAAGCCCAAUCCUCUGAAGUGCCUGUAAAAAAAAAAGACAAGAAGGCAGCAUAGGCCAGUCCUUCCACUCCUGCAGGCCCUGUAGUGUUUUUGUCAAUCAGGGCCCCGGUCUCCCAACACCCAAGGAAUACCGUAAUGCCUCGUGGAAAGUGUUCCCCGCUGUGGCACCUGCCUUUUCUCACCAGCCAUGGCGCUUUUUCCCAUUUGGGACUGCACGCCGGCUUCACGGCAGACGUGUAGCCCUACGGUCUAUUUGGAGUUCUCUAACGUGGGUCUGAGUAAGGUAACUUGUGCAUUCUACAUUUAUCAUCUGCCUCACUGGAUUGGGCUUCACUGUCCAGCCUUAACUUAUUGUUUUAUUAUUUUAUCUUCUACCUCCCCUUUCCACCCCCUGCCUUACGACAUCAGCAAUGUCUUCUUCAUGAGCUUUUUUUUUUUUUUCUUUAAUUUUUUUUCCCCUCCCUUCUCUACUGUGAAUGUAGUGUUUGAAAUCAUAUAUUUUUCUUUAGCCAACCACUGCAGCGAAACAAGCGGCAUAAAAUAUGCUCAAGGAA